UCAUAGGUCAGCGUGACGCGUGCGGACGGAGCGCCGUGCCGACUUUUGCUUGAAUUUUGUGCGCUCGAAGCGGCGAGCGGAGAAUAAUCGCGAGGUUCACAGCGGGGCACAAACGAUCGGAGGCGGUCAAUAAACAUCUUGAGCCCGGGGUCCACUUCAAGGGGAGGCUUUCAGCUACUUGGAAUCGACGGCGAUUUGGUAAAGGGGGCGCCCACUUUGAGCUCGGCUCACACAUCGCGCCGACCCCAGACCACCGCGCCUCGCCCCAACGCUGGGGCAGGAGCAGAGAGUCGAGACCAAGCGUGCGUCUCGCAUUCAUAGCCGAAGAUGUCCGGUUCCACAGAACCCGCCAAGGCCAAUGUCUCCUACCCCAUGAAGGUCCUCUACUGCGGAGAAUGUUCCUUACCAAUCGAGUACUGCGAAUACAUGCCACAAUAUGCCAAAUGUAAGCAGUGGUGGGAGAGAAAUUUUCCAGAUGAGUUUGCAAAGCUCAACCUGGGGUCCACUCCAAUGACAUAUGAAGGUGGAAGUCGGGGAGGAGGAGGAGGAGGCGAAGGUGGGGAAGUGGGCGGAGGAGAGACACAGGAGGGUGUCAUCGAGGAGGAUGAGAAAAAGAGGCAAAAACGAGGUGGCAAAGGGCAGAUUAAGCAGAAAAAGAAGACCGUCCCACAGAAAAUAACAAUUGCAAAAAUCCCGCGCGCCAAAAAGAAGUACGUCACAAGAGUGUGCGGCCUUGCAACGUUCGACAUCGAGCUUAAGGAGGCGCAGAAGCUGUUUGCGCAACGCUUCUCGUGCGGCGCGUCCGUGACGGCCGAGGAUGAGAUCACCAUCCAGGGCGACGUCACCGACAGCAUCAUGGACGUCAUUCAAGAAAAGUGGUCCGAGGUGGACGAUGACAGCAUAGAAGACCUGGGAGAGGUGAAGCGGUAACAGCGUUGGCAUCCAGACCCGGACUAACCCCCUCCUUACAUCGUAACCAACAAGAAAUAAGACUGUACCCGUGCCCACACUACUGUCGAGGAGCGCGUAGCGGAGACCGCGUGGGUAUGCACGGAACGCACGGGGCCGUACGUAAAUUAGACGCAAAAGGGGUGUAAACCCGCAUCGUUGUCAACGUGACUUUAGAGUUCAGUUUUCUGGAAAUCUGUAACUAUUGUCGAGCAACAAAAAAAAUAAAGUAAUAAUGACACAUCUGCUACGAGAUAGGUUUCCUUUUCUGUGUUUGAAAAAAAAAGCACCCCAAACUUUGACUUAUGUUGCCAAUUUUAUUUGACUCUGCAUGUUUGUUUAUUUUGCAAAAGUCCGUUUAUGCUUUGGAAUUGUGCAAAACAAUAAAUGACUUUCUCAACACGG